AUGAACCGCUCCCGUAUGGACGAGAGCCACGAGAACUCAGCCCCCGAACAGCCUUCGCGUGCGACGGCGCCCACCUCCCAGACCAAAGAAACCCUAGAGCGUCGCGCCAGCGGCCUCCCCCGAGCACACGGCAAGAACAACCUCUUCGACAGGGACGUACGCAUUCCAGGACGCUACCCCUCCCUCGGCCACACCGAUAGUGUACAGCAGCCACUGGACAUUUCCGACGACUCUGACGACGAGCUUCCGACCACAAUCACUACGCGCAAGAAGGGCGUGGCCUUCAUAGACCAUCGCGCCGACUUGAGCAGCCCAUUGGGCAUACGCUACCCAUUAAUGAGCGAGCAACGCCGCUACUCGCGCCAGUCUCAGGCCGAAGUCGACACUGAUUAUUUUUCUGAAGCGUGGCUCUCACCUGGACCUGCCGCGUCCUUAGAACCCCUAGUUGAACACGCCUACGAGCGUGCGCAAUUCGAGCGACAGCCCUCUACGUCCUACGUCAUUCCUCGCGAGGAUAACGUGACCACCUUCGACCUCUGGGAGAACGAUGCGCAAGGCAACCCCCAACGCAAAGAUUCUCUCCACACUACGCCUAUCGGACAUACGAAUAAUGACCAGUCUAAGGCGUUGAACAGACUAUAUGAUCAAAUCCGCGAUAUGUGGAGAGACCUCGGCAACGAGCGCAAACACAGCGAUCAGUUAGGCGAACAGCUUCUCGCAAGAGACAAGGUCAUCGAAAACCUCCACAGCAAGGAUCAAGAAACCCAAGAUAUCCUUGAGGGUUACAAGGGCGACGUCGCUGACACACAGGCUGUCCUUAAGAACUGCCAGGACCAACUUCAGUCUUCCGUCGCUACAGUUGCACGCCUAACCGAGGAGCUCCGCGACGCGCGCGGAAGCGCUCACGAAGACUACCAGCAGGCCCAGAACCAGGCAGAGAACCUCGCCGCCCGCAAAUCGGCCUACAAGGACAAAUACCGACAGGAGCACGACGCCCACCGAGCCACAUUAGAGAAUAUGAAGAAACUCCAGGCUAAGCUAAAACAGGCUACAGCCAAGGUUUCUAGGUCAGCCAGGCGCGGCCACACAGGCCCUUCCCCCCCAGACUCAUCGGACUCUGAAGGCGACGAUGCCAACAGUCCUCUACCAGCCCUCUCUCGCCAAGGUCAGCGCGGCACUCAGUCUACGAAAAAUCGAUACUCCGAUGACGAAGAGUACGAUCACCGUCGCCACCCCCGCCCAAAGAAACCUGAACCUGAGGCAUUCUCCGGUAAUGGCACCACUUCCGCCGACUAUCUUAAGUGGAAGAUGGACGUCACCGAUUGGUUUGCUGAUUAUCCCUACGAGUUCGCCUCAGAAACCAAGAAGCUUAGCUACAUCCGCCAGAAGACCAAGGACAAGGCUUUCGGAUGCCUCCAGCAUGGGUACCUCGAACCUGGAGCUGAGUUCGCGCACAGUAACGAGGCUUGGUCUAUCCUUGACUCUGUCUAUAAGUCGCUGAACACUAGCAUCGAAGCUCAGUCCUGGUAUGAGAGCUUGAAUUCCACUAUGAAGCCCACAGAGUCUAUGGGUGAGUACAUCGCCCGCUUUAACGUCGGCACCUCGGCCCUUCGUUGGCCCGACACCCUCAAGAUCCAGUUCAUGCGCAACCGGCUGCCUGUAUGGUGGCGCGACAUGACCGCCAUGAAAGUCUUAGAGUCUAGCCUCACCUACCUUGACUUCUGUCAAACCCUUCGUCUCCUCGAACAGUCCAACCCACAACGAGCCACUACAACUGGCAACCGUAGAGGAAAUCAGAGUUUAGAAGGUGGCGGGGGCGGCGGAGCAGGCGGCAAUAAGUCCACUCCCUCUAACGGACCCCGGAACGGUGGAUCCAGCUCGGGAUCUGGCCCCCGUGGCCGCUCUGACAUCCAGGUCAAGGUCCUCCGUCACUUAAAUCGUUGUUUCAACUGUCUUAAGAAGAAUCACACCUUUAAGGCUACAGGAGGUUACUGCUCUAAGGAGCCGGUCGCCUCUUUUGACUCGUACCCCGAAGUUCAGGACGCUCUUGAGAAGGCUAUUGCUAACAAUGGCGUACCCGUCGGAGAGCCAGCCCGCCCUAAGGUCAAGGGCGCCGCAGCUAGCGUCACCUCCACCUCUCCCCAACCUUCGGAAAAUGCUUAG